AUGUCCUUACCCAACUUUGCCAGUUGGAACGUUAGGGGGCUCAAUAACCCGGACAAAGUUGGUUUUUGUAAGUCUCUGAUCAAUUCUCAUGAUCUCAAAAUGCUUUGUAUUCUGGAAGCUAAAAUUUCUCAGUCUUUGUUGGAUGAUUCUUGGUUUUUGAAUUCUCACUUACUCUUUGAGAAUGAAUGCAGUUGUAAUAACUUCAAUGACGCUUCUCCUGGUAGAAUUUGGCUUAAAUGGGACUCCUCCGUCUUCACUUUCAACACCUUGAUUACCUCCCCCCAGCUUAUUCAUGGUGUUCUCUCAGCGGGUUCUUUCCCUCCCAUCUUUCUAUCGGUGGUUUAUGCUUCUAAUAGUUUGGAGGAACGUAGAAGUUUAUGGAAUCUUCUGGUUGAUUUAAUUCCUCCUUCGGAUAAACCCUGGGUUAUUCUGGGUGAUUUUAAUUGCUGCAGAUUCGACACUGAAAAAGCGGGUGGUUCCACUCUUUCUGACUUUAGACUGGGUGAAUUGAACAACAUGGUUUUUAAUUGCGGUGUGCAAGACCUUUCCUCUACAGUUCUCUUUUAUACUUGGUAUAAUCAAAGGGUGGAUGACCCGAUACACAUUAAGCUUGACAGAGUUCUGGUAAACCCUGCUUUACUGGAUUAUUUACCUUUAGCCUAUUACAAAGUGGAUUCUCCUCUUGGUUCGGACCAUUCCCCAUUAAUCUUCAUGCCCUCUCAUGUUAAACCUAUUUCCUCUAGGUUUUUGUUUAAAAACUAUUGGAUCAAUAUGGAUGAUUUCUUGGAUGAGGUGUUCACUGCUUUUGCUUCUAGAUCUUCCAAAAGUCCUCUUGCCUCUUUUUUUCAUAGCUUGCAUUCUCUCAAGAGGUCUAUUAAGAACAAGAAUUGGCCUUCCGCUUCCUUCAUCUCCAAUUCCAUACUUGAUCUUAAGUCUAAGCAACUUAACUGCCUUCUUGAGAUUCAAAAUCAGCCACUUAAUUUGGAUCUUAACACCAAUUUGAUUGGCAUUAAUGAUCAACUUGCUGCUCUUCAAUCUCAUUGGUUUUCCUGGAUUUCUCAAAGCGCAAAAGCCCUAUGGCUUACACAUGGUGAAGAUGAUCUCGGUUUUUUAUUCGCCAAAAUCAGGAGCAAAAACAAUAAAAAUUGCAUUAAAGAAAUUACUACCUUUGAGGGUCAUUUCUUCUCUCAUGCUGAGGUUUCUAAGGCUAUUGUUAAACAUUUCAAGGAUCUUUACAAUCCUCUCAAUGUUUUCAUAGCUCCUUCUUCUCAAAUUCCUCCUGGCAAGAUGGUCCCCGACCAAUUUCAUAGCAUGCUGGUGGCUCCGGUUUCUUUUGAAGAGGUUAAAUUGGCGGUUUUUUAUGGUAAUAUGAACUCAGCUCCUGGUCCGGAUGGUUUUUCCUAUGCUUUCUAUAGGAAAUCUUGGCAUAUUAUUGGUAUCAAGUGUUUAAUGCGGCCCAUCUCUCUUUGUAAUGUCCUCUAUAAAAUUGUGGCUAAGAUACUUGCUACAAGACUGAAAGCUGUUCUCCCCAUGAUUAUCCAUGAGAGCCAAUCAGGUUUUAUUGCUAAUAGGUGCUCUACUGACUAUAUUAUUUUGGCUUCUGAGAUUCUUAGAGAUUUCAAGGGCUCUGGUAAAAAGUUUUGUGCUAAGCUUGAUAUCAAAAAGGCUUUCGACUCGAUUUCUAGAGAUUUUUUGAUUUCUAGAUUGAUUCAAAAAGGUUUCCCUGCUAAUUUUGUCUCUUGGAUCAAAGGCUGCAUUUCGGAGGAUAGCUCUUUCUCUAUGCUUUGGGAUCCUUGGCUUAAAGGAAAUCUGAUUGCUGAGACUUAUAAUUUGCCAGUUUUAGCUAACAAGAUGGGUUGUGACAUCUUGGAUAAGUCUGAGGUUCUUUGGAAUGGCUCUAGCAAGUGGGUUUUUAAAGCUUUCACUGAUCAUUUUUAUUCCCACUUGCCUAAGGUUGAUUGGUUUUCUUCUAUAUGGCACAAGAAUUUUGCUCUCAAAUAUGCAUGUUUUGCCUGGAUGGCCAUUAUUGAGAAGUUAAAAACUGCUGAUAAUUUAAUGAUCAGAGCCCGACCUUCGUCGGACCAACGCCUCGCCACCGAUCUCCGCCGGACCUUCGCUCGGCAGCCGAGCAUAGCCGGACUUCAGCCUGACCUUUAUCGAACCACCGCUCGGCCGCCGACCGCCGCCGAACCUUCGCCUGGCCAAUGA